UUCGGGCGCGGGCCGGGCGCGCACCCCGGCGGGAGCAGCCCCUGGCGCUGUGCGCCGCACCCCGAGGACGGUGCCCUCCCCUGCGCAUCUCGCGGAGCCGGGGCCGCGCUCCUGUGCCAGUGAGCUGGACAUGAUUUCCACGAGGGUGAUGGACAUUAAGCUCCGGGAAACUGCGGAAGGCCUUGGAGAGGACAGCACGGGAAAGAAAAAAUCCAAAUUCAAAACUUUUAAGAAAUUCUUUGGGAAGAAGAAGAGAAAGGAAUCGCCAUCGUCCACAGGAAGCAGUGCCUGGAAACAAAAUCCCGCGAAGAGUGAGGUCAUCGCCAUCGAGUCAGGACCUGUGGGCUAUGACUCCGAGGAUGAACUUGAGGAGUCAAGGGGCACACUGGGCAGUCGGGCCCUCUCACACGACAGCAUUUUCAUUCCUGAGUCCGGACAAGACCCUCCUCGGCCUGUGCGGGUGUUUUCCCAAGAAAAUGUGUGUGACCGGAUUAAAGCUCUGCAGUUAAAAAUUCAGUGUAAUGUGAAAAUGGGACCACCACCUCCUCCAGGGGAGCUUCCUGCCAAGCGGGGAGAGGAUGCCGGCAUGAGUUCUGAGGACGAUGGGCUUCCCAGGAGCCCCCCCGAGAUGUCCCUGCUGCACGACAUUGGUCCUGGCACGACCAUAAAGGUCUCCUUGGUGUCCUCGUCCCGGCCGCAGUCCCCAGAUCACACGAGUGACACUACUGUCUCCCCCCGGAACUCCGAUAGCAGCCUGGCACCCGUGGCUGACUUCAGUUAUCCUCCAGAAUCCUCUUCCUGCCUGGACAACUCUGCGGCCAAGCACAAGCUCCUGGUGAAGCCCCGCAACCAGCGGUCAAGCAAAAUGAGGCGACUGUCAUCGCGUGCACAGUCAGAAUCCCUGAGCGAUCUGACGUGCACCCCAGAGGAGGAGGAAUACGACGAGAAGCCAUUAUCCAAAGUCAACCCAGAAGCAAGCCCCAGUGCUGCGCCGCAGCAGGACGUGGUGCUGGACCGAGGCUCGGAGCCCGCAGUGCCAGCCCCCGUGCUGCACCCUGGGAGGCCCCGUGCCCGGCGCGCCCCGCUGCAGCACUGCCCGGCGCUCAGUGCCAGCGUUGAGGACGGGAGCUUCCUUGGAGAUGACUCCCCAAGCCUCCCGGUCACCCCAGAGGUCACUGAGCCCGUGUCAGUCCCAGCCCCCUGCUUGGAGUCCCCAUCUCGGCCUGAAAGCCCCCCACAUACCGGUCCGGACAGCAAGAACCAAGAGGAGCAGCCGUCCACCCCAGGCGUGUGUCCUCAGGUGCCCACGGACACAGCUGACGAGGUGAUUUGUGCUCCUGGAGACCUCGGAAGUCCAUUAGCUACCCCCGUCCUGGAGGAGGACACGACACCAUCUGAGACUGUCACCCACACCCCCGUGGAGACGCCCCCCAAUGCAGAGGGGCCAGACCAAGAUGUCCAGAAGGAAGAGUUGUCGCUGGAAGUGCCAGAGCCCCUAGGAGCAGGGAAAGAACCAUCCACGGCCCCUGCCCCGAGCCCGAGCCCGCCGGGCCCCAAGAGAGCAGGGAAAGAACCAUCCACGACCCCUGCCCCGAGCCCGAGCCCGCCGGUCCCCAAGAGCUGCCUGAAGCACAAGGGCUCUGCGGCGAGCGUGGUCCCCAGCGGGUCCCCAGAGCCCGCAGCCUCGGAGUCGCCUCCGGCCGCACCCAGUCCCUGCUCCCUGGACAGAGAGGCUGCUCUCCCGGGGCAACCCAAGGCUGAGCAGGCCGAGGCCCCGCAGUCCGGCCCUGGGAGGGCUGUGCCAGAGCGGAAAUCGGAGAGAGGCAGCGGCGAGCUGCGGAACGUGAAGAAGUUCUCAGUGUCCUCGAGCAGGGCACGGCCGCGCCCCGGCAGCUCCCGCCUGCUGGAACAGGCCAGCCCCGCAGGCCCCUGCAGCAUCCCCCUGCCUCUAGCAAGGAGCGGCCCAGCCUGGAAAAGCGAGGCGGCUCUCGAUGACCUCCAGGCACUUAAAGAGCCUCAGGACAGGAAACUGGACUCCCAGAAACCCCCGUCACCAAAGUGCGAGUCUCGGGACCCCGGGGACAGAGCAUCCAGCCAGACCGAGCCAGGCAGGAACUCCCUGGAGGUGGCGACUGCGCCAGGCAUGAGUGAUCCCUGCCUGGCUGCCCAGGAGCCACCGACCAGCGAGGACAAAAACCCCUUCCCGGUCAAGCUGCGGUCCACCUCUCUGUCCUACAAAUACAGAGAGGGCUCUGCCUCGGAAGCCAAAGCAAUCAAGAGGUACAGUGCCGAGAUCAGGUUAGAAAGAGGCCUGACUUUGCUCCCCAAAGACGAGAAAUGUCUCAUCGGGCCGGCCCCUGCUCUUCGGAGUGCCAGGUCCUCCGCCGACCACGGGAAGGGGAAGGCCCGGUCUCCGGAGCAGGUGGGCUCCAAACCACCCCUGCCCAGGAAGCCGCUCCUGCAGAGCCUCACCCUUUCACACCCGCCAUCGACCUUUGACUCCAGCCCAGGAGAGCCAGAGAAGGUCACCUCCUCUGUGGACCCCAGGAAGGAGAAAAAGACCCCACACAGGGGAGCUGAAAAGGUUCUGCCUCCUACAGCAACAGGACCUGGAGCCAACGGGCAGCCCACACCACCCUGGGUCACCGUCACUCGGCAGAAGCGGCGGGGGGCCCCGGACCAGCCACCCAACCAGGAAGACAAGCCUGGGACACGCACCCAGAAGUCAGAAACUGGAAAGCAAGCCAAGGUGCCCGAGAGAGCCCAGGAGCCUGUGAAGCAAGCCGACUUUGUCCGCAGCAAGUCUUUCCUGAUAACCCCGGCUAAGCCUGCCGUGGACCGGAGGCAAGGGGCAAAGCUCAACCUCAAGGAGGGGCUGCAGAGAGGAAUCUCACUGUCCCAGCAGAACUUGGCUCAGUCUGCAGCGAUGACGGACAAGGAGUUGCAUCAGCUGAAGAGAGCCAGCUACGCCAGUGCAGACCAGCCAUCCUGGAUGGAACUUGCGAGAAAGAAAUCUCAAGCCUGGAGCGACAUGCCCCAGAUUAUAAAAUAGGCUGGCAGUACGUUGCUUAAAGAACGGCCACCACGGUGACUGGCCACUUGGUUAAAAACUGCCAAUAAAUCCUGGCAGACAAACUGUGAAACUAAAGCUUGAUUUGGUCAUCCAGUUAUGACCAACUCGGGGAAGAGGAAGCUCGGGGAAGAGGAAGGAAGCAGGCAAAACAAAGAGAACAAACGCACAGCCCUAAGUCUGACCAGAGGGGCCUCAGCACUGGAAAAACCCAGGAAUGAAUUCCUGUGCCCAGAGUAUGUGUGUGAGUCUUUUAGCUUCCCUUGAUAAGGAGGCCUUGGACCUGGAAAAAAUGAAAAUGAGGUGUGGACGCCUCAGUAGAACGUCCUGCAAGACCAGGAGAGAAGCCAUCCGGGAGGACGGGUGUCUGUGCUCCCGCCUGAGACCAGCCCAUGUCCUGGUCACUCACUGUCCUGCCUGUAGAUCCCAUCUUCUCCUUCCAUGUUUACGACUAGGCGUGACAUUUACGGUAAAGCAGGGAUGCCGUUUCCAAGAGCAGCUAUAAAACGUUCUGUUUUCCUGAGGAGAGCCACUCUGAGGAGAGGAAGGAACAGAGCAGGGUUCAUCAGUUCCUAGACCGUUUCCAAAAAUAAUUUUUAAACUUUUCCACUAGGCAUCUGUGUCCUUCACUGUUGCACAAUGCAUUGCCUGUUUAAUAAAAGGUUUCAAACCUG